AUGGAAGACCUACUUUAUGUGAAGGAUUAUUAUUUGCCUGUGUUUAAUACUGAUAAACCUGAGAGUAAAACAGAUGCAGAGUGGAAUAUUUUGCAUAGACAGGUUUGUGGGUAUAUUCGUCAAUGGGUUGAUGAUAAUGUUUUGAACCAUAUCAGCAGAGAGACUCAUGCUCGCACUUUGUGGAACAAGCUUGAACAGUUGUAUGCUAGAAAGACCGGAAAUAAUAAAUUGUUCUUAAUAAAACAGAUGAUGAGCUUGAAAUACCAUGAUGGAACUCCUGUCACUGAUCAUUUGAAUUCUUUUCAGGGAAUCAUAAAUCAACUUGCAGGAAUGGGUAUCAAGUUUGAAGAUGAGAUACAAGGCUUGUGGCUCCUGGGCACUUUACCGGACUCAUGGGAAACUUUUAGAACAUCAUUGUCCAACUCUGCAGCAGAUGGUAUUAUCACCAUGGAAUUAGCUAAAGGCAGUGUUUUAAAUGAAGAGAUGAGAAGAAAGUCACAAGGUUCUUCUUCACAUUCUGAUGUCUUAGUUACAGAAAGCAGGGAGAGAAGUCAGAGUAGAGAUCCAGAAAAGGGCACAAUACGUCUACAGGCAAUUGAAAAGGAGAAGAAGAAGAGCGAUUACAGCAAUCAAAAGAACCAUAAGAAAGAUGAGGGUGGUAAUGGCAAUGCUGAAGUUAACACUACUACCGAUGAGUUCCUUAUUUGUUUUGAUCUUGAUAUGAUCAACAUUGCACAUGUUGAUUCGAGCUGGGUUGUUGAUAGUGGUACUACAUGUCAUGUAACAUCACAGAGGGAUUUUUAUUCAUCUUAUACUCCAGGUAACUUUGGUAAUGUUAGGAUGGGUAAUAAUGGACUAUCAAAGAUUGCAGGCAUCGGAGAUAUUUGUUUGAAGUUUGACACUGGGAUAGAGUUGGUUUUACAUAAUGUAAAACAUGUUCCAGAUAUGAGACUUAAUUUGAUCUCCGCGGGCCUACUUGAUGAUGAUGGUUACAGCAACAACUUUGGUAAUGGAAUAUGGAAACUCACUCGUGGUUCUUUGAUCGUGGCUAGAGGUAAAAGAUGCUCAAAGUUGUACAUGACACAUCCGAAGAUCUUCAAGGAUAGGGUCAAUAUUGUGGUGAAUACUGACAUGACUGAUUUAUGGCAUAAGAGACUUGGUCACAUGAGUGAAAAGGGGAUGUCUCUUUUGUUGAAGAGAAAUGUGUUACCGGGUGUGCAUGAUAUUCAUCUAAAGAAGUGUUCUCACUGUUUGGUACUAGGACACUUGGUGGUUGCUCCUACUUUGUCACAUUCAUUGAUGAUCACUCCGGGAAAGGUAUGGGUUUAUACCUUGAAAUCUAAAGAUCAAGUAUUUGAAGUGUUUAAGCAGUUUCAUGCCUCGGUUGAGAGACAGACUGGAAAGAAGCUUAAGUGUAUUCGGACAGAUAAUGGAGGUGAAUACAUUGGCCCAUUUGAUGCUUAUUGUAGAGAUCAUGGGCUGCCAAGUUCAUUCUGGGGAGAAGCUUUGAAUACAGCGGUACAUGUUAUUAAUCUAACUCCUUGUGUUCCUUUGUCUUUUGAUGUACCUGACAGGGUUUGGAGUGGCAAAGAUGUUUCUUACGGUCACUUAAGGGUCUUUGGAUGCAAAGCUUUUGUGCACAUUCCUAAAGAUGAAAGAUCAAAGCUUGAUGUGAAGUCAAAACCAUGUGUUUUCUUGGGUUAUGGCCAAGAUGAGUUUGGUUACAGAUUAUAUGAUCCCUGUCCACAAGAAACUUAUUCGGCCGAGAUAUUGUGUUUGUUGAAGAUCGGACCGAUAGAUGUUGAGAAGAAAGAGACAGCCUCAACAUAA